ACAACGCAAUUCUUCCAAUGGGUAUGUUGUUUGACACGUGUGAGAUGCCGUACUUUAGAAAUCAGGAAGUCCGUCUUCACCGAAGCAACAAAACAUGCGUUGAUUUUUGCAGGAUGUCAUCAAGAGGCGCAGUCAUCAUCAAAUCUGUACAAUCCUACAGAGGGUUACGGUUCCAAAUUGACUGUCAAAGGCUUCAGCUGCAUUUGGAUCAGUUGCUUUGAAUUCAGUGAUGGCGCGGGAGGAAGAAGAGCUGACAGUGGAUAGACCCAAAGAGGGGGAUGUGUUCACAUCAGUGCGUUGCCUGGGCUACCUGUCCAGCAUCAAUCUCCUUGUGGCGGUUUGCGUGGGCAUGUAUGUACGCUGGGAGCUGACAAAUGAACCCAUGAUUCUGGUCAUCUUUAUCCUGGGCCUCGUAGUCUUAGGAAUAGCCAGCAUCCUCCACUACUACUUUGCCAUGGAGAAAGCCAGCUUGAGUUUGUGUAAUUUGUGGUUUGGGUUUUUGUUGGGCCUUCUGUGCUUCCUCAACACCCAUGCCUUGGAUUUAAAUGUCAAAGAGGUCGUCACCAACUAUCUCCUCCUCGCCAGUGUCAUCAUGAAAGCUAUGUGGGCUGUUACCGAACGAAUAUGCAACGCCAUCCGAUACAAACCCGUGUUGCUAACUUCCACUGAGGUGUUGGAGCUCAUGGGAUUUGCUAUUGCCAGCACCACCAUGCUCUUUCAAAAAGCAAUGGCAAUCAUUUGCUUGGUCGUGGCCUUGGGUGCUCUCAUUGUGGACCUGAAAAUGAAAUCCCUCCUCGCUUUGCCCAACCUGCUCACUUUUGCCUUAGUUACCUCCUUCGUGUUUUUCCCAGCCUUAGACAUUCCAGCAAACCCUUAUGCCUUAGGCUGCUUCUUGGGCAGGCUGCUGUGUGAACCCACAUUGGAUGUUUACUUCAGUGGACUGGGGCCCUGUGAGCGCUGGAUGCCCAUACUGUCUCUGGGGAAGGUGUGGAGGAGACUCUCACUGCUGCCUUUGACUGUAGCUGAGGUGGCCUUCUUUGUCCUGGCGGCUUUAAAGUUGAGCCACUUGGAGAUUUGGUACCUGGUGAUUCCAGGCUUUUGUGUUUUUGGCCUUUUCUGGUCCAUCUGCCACAUAGUUCUGCUGAUCACAUUAUGGGGUUUCCACUCCAAGCUGAGUGAGUGCCAGAAGACCUGGCGUGCUCAGCGAUCUGGUAGCCGCACUCUGGAACAAGUCAUGGCCUCCAGGGGGAUCCGACACUUCUGCCUCAUUUCAGAACGUUUGGUGUUCUUUAAUCUGUUGUCAACAGUCAUGUUGGGUGCCGUGUCUUGGCAGUCCUCCAACGGUCACUUCCUCAGCGCCCUGCUGGUGGUGCUGCCCAUAGAAUCUCUGAUACACAGCGUGUUCCAUGAACUGGGGAGCUGCCUCGGUGGAACCUGCAUUGGUUAUGCCCUGGUCAUACCCACAGCGUACUGCAGCGCCGACGGCCAGCCCACUCUGCUGCCCCCAGAUCAGGUCCAAGUGCUAAACCUGCGCUCCACAGGCAUGCUGAACAACGUGCAGCGCCUCUUUGCGCACCACAUGAUCCAGACUUUUGGAUGCGACUACUCCACCAGUGGUGUGAUGCUGGAGGCUGUGCAGAACAAAGUACGCAACUUUCUGGAGCUCCGCACCGCCGACGGGCCGCGCCACGACACCUAUCUGAUUUUCUACAGUGGCCACACCCACCGCGGUACUGGUGCCUGGGCUCUGGCAGGAGGUGAGAGUUUCCACCUGGCACAGCUCCUGGAGUUGUGGAAGGAAAAGAACGCUGACCACUGCUCCCGUCUCAUCAUUGUGCUGGACACCGAGAACGCCCUCCCCUGGGUCAAGGAGGUGCGGCGGGUGGAGGGGAUCUAUGUGGCCGUGCAGGGUGCAGAGCUGUUGUCCGUCAGCGGGGAUCUUGAAGCUGGAGACACCUUCUUGGGGGACUUCACUUCAGAAUGGGUUGAGUACAACUGCAACCCGGAGUGUGAUAGCCAGUGGUCAGAAAAGGGAAGGACGUUGACAGCCAUCUAUGGCGUCUCCAAACGUUGGAGUGACUACACGCUCCACCUGCCGACUGGCAGCGACGUGGCCAAACAUUGGAAGACCCAUUUUCCAAAGGUUACGUAUCCCAUGGUGCACUUGUCAAACUGGUGCUGUGGCCUCAAUCUCUUCUGGCUGUGUAGCAUGUUACUGCGCUGCUUCAGGAGGUGUAAACUAGCUUGGUUUCCGCCCGCUGUGCUGGACACGGGUCAGGGCAUCAAACUGGUGCACUCGUAGAUAGUAACACGCUCUAACAGGUGGGGGUUACUGGCUGUAACGUGCCACAAACUUAACAUUUGUGCAAUGACGUUUUUCAAACAUUUGUCCAAAUUUUUAUUUGCGUAAUCUGAUGCAAACUGCGAAACAAUAGAGGGGCCGGUGGACGCCAAAAAUGGAAUGAUCCGCAGCACAGUUUGUGAAACGUUACAUUCCCAGACUGGAUUUACAGGUAUCCUUUUCUAUAGUACUUGGUUUGUCUAUUACUAUGUAUUUUCCCAACAUUACUCUGUUCACUGAAGCACAUUUGUCAGUGGUGGGCACAGUUCACCCAAUCAGCUAACAGCUAGUUAGCGAAGCUGACUUUUUCGUUAGUCUUGCAACUUUUAAGCUAACCUUGAAAACCAUUAGUGACUAAAUUUUGUUCUGCUGACUUUAAGUCAACAAACCGUUUUGUAAAAAUAAAGUUUAAUUGCCAAAAAUGCUUGUAAACUCAAAAAUGCAUUUGUUCCUGU